UGUACCGAGCUAACGGUGUGCAUUACUUCGCGAUUCUCUGCACCUGCAACAUCCAUAUCUCCCACUAUGAAGCUGCUUCCGCUUGCUUUCUCUAUCGUCAUUUUAGCCUGUUGGUCUAAAUUGUCAACAGUUAACGGUGACUACGUAGAUCACGUGGAUGAGACCAAAUUCCAUUGUAGCGGCAGUCUUCUCUCCUUGAACUUCAGUAACGCAGCGAUCAUUAAGAUCGGCAAGGACUUCAUCGGCAGUCAUUUAGUCACCUGCCUGGAUCUUAGUAACAAUCAAGUCGAAACUAUCGAAGAUGGUGCCUUCAGGAAGCUCCCUAGGCUGACCCAACUCUACCUCUCUAAAAAUAAAUUCCUCAGUGCUCAAAAUCUCUUCUCCUUAGGAGGCCAUGAGUCAUUAGAGGUUCUCGUGCUAAACAGUGCAGUUAAGAUUAGCAGUAACUAUGUCAUUCCGGUUCCCGGAAGGUUUCCCAACUUGGAGAUCUUGUCUGUCAGCAAUAAUGGCUUCAAGGACAUGAUCGCAGCACCGGAUAUGCCGUUCCCUAGUCUGAAAAUUCUAGACCUCUCUAACAACGGUAUGAGGGAAAGCAAUUUUUUGAAACUACUGCCGGCGACUUUGGAACACAUUUAUUUGCAAGGCAACUCGUUGAAUUUCCUGCGUUCUUUAGAAAAAGCAUAUAAGGUGACCACGCUGACAUUAGACAACAACGAAUUUUCAUAUCUGAGACACCAUUCGAAUAAUCCGACUAGCACGGGUCUGUGGCUAUACGCCAUGAGCCAUUUGCGUCAUCUUUCCCUCGCCAAGAACCGCAUUAACACUGUCGAGUCGGUCGCCUUCUCAAGCCCCAUUAAUUUGACCUACCUGAACCUAUCCAAAAAUAACAUUAAUUUCCUGUAUCCGGAGACUUUCGCGAAACUUCAGUCCUUAGAAACGUUGGAUUUGAGCAGCAACCAGUUCCAGAAGAUUAUCGAUAUCUCGUCUGAAAUGAACAUCACCGUUUUAUCGUUGAGCUGCAACAAGAUACAAGAAGUACCUCAAGACGCCUUCAAGCACAUGUCGAAGUUGCGGGAGUUGUCGCUGCACGGGAACCAAAUCGAGGAUGUCCACGUCAACGGAUUCGCAUAUCUUCAGCAUCUAGUGAAGCUGGAUCUGUCCAAGAAUAAACUGAGUUCCUUGCCGGAAGGUUGGACCAACGCCUUCAACUCUUUGCAACUGUUGGACCUGAGCGAGAAUCAAUUCACGUCGCUGGAGUCCCUGUCUUUGUCAAAUACCCUGCCGUUGGUGGAGGUAUAUCUGGUGAUGAACCCGCUCAAGUACUUGGACGCUGGCUCUUUCAGCCAUUUGCCGCAAAACGCCACCGUGAACUUGGUGCACGAGUCGCACGAAAGUGCGAUGAGAUGUUAACAUAAGCGGAAAAUUAAUCCGAACUGGCUGCGCAGGCCGUUUCAUCGAAUUGAGAUUUCGAUGUCAUGCGCAAAAACUGAUCUCUCCGAUAGCGAACAUAGAAAAGCGACGGCCGAAAUAACGUAAGUCGUAUUGUCUCCUAUUGUUCGCAACAUCGAAAAUUGAAUUCGCGCGUACAUGUACCAACCGUUAACCCGUGGUUUCAAAUAAUACGUGAGAAUAAAUACAUCGACAACUGUCGCCCAUUAACAGUUAUUUAUGCAGAAUAAUACCUACCGAUUGCGUUAGUCACGAUAAUUACUCGUUUGUAUAAAUUGCGAAAUUGGAGUAAUAUAUGUUACAAGAUAACGUGACAGAGACCGUAAAGAAGAGUAAUAUUGUGUAAAACUGAAUAAAAAUACUACGAGCAAAA